CUCGAUCGGCUUGACGGUCGGAGGAGGCGACACAUGCCCGGCGGCGACGACGCCGGCAUGGGAGCCUGCGGUGCCGACGGCCUGGAGCUUAGCCUCCGCCUUGGAAGCCCGACGAUGGCCCCCGCCCCGGCGCCGGCGCCGGCACGGAGGAACCUCGCGAUUGUGUACGACCGGCGCGUGCUGUGCGCCGUCGACGUGGUCGAGCUACAGGCAAUGGCAAUCAUAUCCAUGGCGAACCAGGAAACGACGGGGAAGAUCACAGACAUGGACGAGGCCGGCAUCGCGCAAGGGGCGUGGCGCGCCGCUCGCGCGCCGACGAGGGCACCUCCGAAUCACGGCGGCAUCGUGGCGCCGACGCCGGUCGGCGAUCAGGGGGGGCUGUCGAUGAAGCGCUCGCUGCAGCGGUUCCUCGAGAAGCGCAAGACGAGGGCCAGCACCGCGUCGCCGUACGGCGUGCACCGGCCCGCCGGGCCGCCGAGAUCUUGAUGGCCGAACAGAUGAUCCGAUUGUCCCGCCAACAUACAGGUGUCGCCGGCCGGCGGUGCGUGCGUGUCGCCGGCAAUGGCUAUAAGCCUUUUCCCCAUUUCCUCGCGAAUCGUGUGCCCAGGUUGUAAACACCGCAAUAUGCUACCAUCCGAUAAGCCUGACAACAUUUUGGUAUACUACCUCACAAAGAAGGCGCUUUGCUUC